AUGCGAACGUGUCACAGUAAUGGUUUACAAUCAGCUAAGCCCUAAAUUGACAAAGUGCAUAUUACAUAUUUAUAAAAGUUUUAUUUAUGUUAUCAAAAAAUAUUUUUUUUAUAAUUUUUUGUGUACUAAAAAAAUGUUUGUGACACAAUGUCACAAUUGAUUUUUAGAAAUAUUUUUAUUUCUGAUGAAAUUCUGUUACAGGACGAAAAGUACCAGAAGGAGAGUUGUGCGCGGUGUGUUCUGAUCGUGCUACUGGAUAUCAUUAUGGUGUAGCUAGUUGUAAUGGAUGUAAAACCUUUUUCCGACGAACUAUCGUAUCCGAACAUACCUUUGUCUGUCAAUAUAAUGGGAAAUGUGAUGUUAACAAAAGUAAGUAACUUUAUUCUAAUAUAUUUCCUUAUUUUUUACUCGUUUUAAAUUUUUUAAAGCUAAUAAUGCAUUUUUUAAAAUUUUUAAACUGUAUGUUAUCCUCAAAUUUCAGACGUCCGCUGUGCUUGUCGCCAUUGUCGCUUCAACAAAUGUGUCGCAGUAGGUAUGGAUGCUCGUGCUAUUCAGAACGAUCGGGAUAGAAUUGGCCCCACCAAGAAGAUGAGGAUGAUGAAGCGGAACAGUUCAGCCGAAGAUGAUCGCUAUUCGAAUGGGUCUAUGUCUCCUGUUAUGAAGGCUGGCGAUGAUAAGAUCAUUGAAUACCUUCAUUCAGCUGAAAAGAUGUGUAAUCUCUUGAGGACAAAAGAAUUGGUACAACCAAAGAAUGUGAAAGAAGCUUUGUCUACACAGAGUCUGCUGCUACAGGCCAACAAUCUUCAAGUUGAUGUAGGUAUUAUUAAGUUGAUUUUGGUUUUUAGGGGUGUUUGAGAUGGUUUGGUCAUUUUGUUGUUAGGUAUAGGUUGCAAAGGAAUGGUAGAAGUGAAGAUUAAUAAUAAAGCACAAAAGUAAUGCCUAUAUUUAGGUUUACACGGUGUUCCGAGAGCUAUAUCCAGCUUCAAUGGUGGAUAUUCAAAAAUGGAACAUUCGAGAGCUUGUUUUAUGUAUUGAAUGGGCCAAAUCUUUCGAAGAAUUUGUGAAAAUGGCGGAGAGCGAUCAGGUACGUCGAAAAUCUUAUUUUUUUAAAGAACUAACUUUAAAACUAAAUUUUUAAACAAGAAAUGAAUUUGAUUUUUUAUCCAAUUUUAAUUUAUAUUAAAUUCUAUCCUUUGAUCAAUAUUUAUAAAUUUUAGUACUAUCUGAUGCGCAACUUUGCUUUUACCUUCAACAUUCUAAAUCGAGUAUAUUACUCGCUAGACUACGGACCGGACAAGAUUGUCUACCCAAAUGGAGCCUACAUUCUUCGUCAAUCUCAAGAUUCCUUGAAGAUACCUGGCUGUCGCUCUAUUUACCAUCGCCAAAUGGACGAGAUUAUGAUGCCGUUGAGGAAGUUGGAUAUUGGCAUUCCAGAGUUUGCAGCCUUCAAGGCUUGCCUUCUGUUCAAUCCAGAUGCUCUUGAGUUGAGUUUGGAUGUGAAAGAAGAUGUGGCUAGAGUGAGGACAAAGUAUUUGAACUCUCUAUUCCAUAUACUAACACAGCGACAUGGUAUCUCGCUGGGGGCUCAGAAGUAUGGCCAGAUGUUGAUCAUGAGCAGCAGUAUACAGGUAAAAAAAUUUGAAAAUUUUCAUAAACCGUGUGGAAAAAGGCUGGAAAAUUUUGAAUUUUACAAAAUUAUAUGCUUAUGUCGCACAAAUAUAAGUUUAUAUAUUGCCACACAUUGUAAUUCGUAUUUCAGAACAUUGUCGAUACGAACGAUGAAAAUAUGCAAAUUAUGGACGUGUUUGGCAACUUCUGGAGAAUAAACGCCUUUGUCAAGGAAUUGUGUAUGAAGUAG